GAUUUUGUCUAAAAUAACAGUACAAGAAGGGCUUGGAUGGAAUGUUUGUCUGGGUGCAACAUAUCAAACGUAGAUGACAUGCAUUGGAGGAGCAAGACUAGCCUCCUAAGAAACAUUCUAGAGGCGAGCAAAGCAGCCCAGGUCAGAAAGGAAGGUCUACUAAGCCCAGUAAUAUCCAACUCUCCAAACACGAUUGAUAUAGACAACAAGAGAGAAUCAGAAAAGCCGAUAUUCACGAGCACUAACCCAUUUUCCACCAACGAGACUCGUCACUCGUCACGCGUCCCCAACGUGUGAUGCGGAACUUCGUGAACUGAGCUACACACUCGGGACUGGCGAGCUCGAAGUCGGAAGAGCACAGGGCCUGGAAUGUGUAUCGAGAGAGGAUAUAGGAUACGCGAGAGAUCCUCGCAGGUGAGUGUACGAACUUACAUAUGGAUCUUCACGUCUCAACUGCUGCACAUUGUAAGACUUUCGACUUUCACCACGUGUUAGAUUAUUAUUCCCCCAUUCAAACGUUAAACUUAUAUAAACUGGGCCCCAGUGAUCAACAUCAACGCAUAGUUGUAGAGUCCACAAAGGUUGGACGAGCGAGUCUGAAGGAUCAAAAGCCGCCAAAAAUUUAUGAUGUCGUUAAUAUUGACAUCAAAUCCCUCCCCACAAUCCUUGCAAAGCGCAAGUCAGGUGCCUCGGGCCCACACAAGCCCACCUUGCAAGACAUCACGAAUCACUCUCUUUCUAGCAGGCCUCGAUCUCAUAAAAUAUGUAAAUAUGGAUUUGCCUGACUCGAAAAAAGAAAAAGUGACUGAUAAUAACGGGAAGUCCACCAUGUCUUCAUCCCCUCGCUCACCAACCCACCUAACCGGUCACCAACCCAGCAAAUGGUACCACCUCCAGCUCCGUACCAUCGCACUCUUCGCUCUUCCUUUUCUAUCCUUCAUCGGCAUCUUCGGAACCUUGUUCAUUGGAGGCCGUAACGGGACAUUCGAACACAUCACCAACCUUGUUAGGCAAAAGACGCCUUCAGCCGUUUUCCCAAAUACGAAAUAUCUGUUGUUGAAAGAUUAUACUGGGAUCAGAGCUCUCGAUAGACAAUUGACUGUUCUCGUGACGUUCUUUGCGCCAGUCGUUGAUAGUAAAAAUGCUGCAUUAUACUUGAAUAGUAUCUAUGGAUUGGGCCAGUUCGGAGCAGCGUGGACACUGUUGGUGAUGGAAAGUUUGAGAAGUGGGAAUAAGGGAAGGGCUGUUAGUUUCAUCGGAACUGUUGGGUUAAUCUUCCAGAACAUUACCUAUGCAGUCACAGUACCGCUCUACCUUUUCAUCCACCUCUUGACGUCACCAAUCGCAAAACCAUCUUCAGGAACGCACGCGAACAGCGUUCUGCUCAUCUCGUCCCUAGAUCUAAAGAUUUUGCCACUCUCAAUCACCCUAGCAUACAUUGUCCCAUCUAUUCUUAUGGGUCUUGACGCCCCAUCUCAAGUUUCAGGACACACCCAUCAAAAGCUCAUCGCUUUUUGGCAACCCUUUCCAAUCUGGACAGUCAUCAUCCAAUGGACUCUUCGUUCAUUCUUUCAAUUCAUUGGAUCGGAGGUCUCGUCAAGAGAUUCCAAACAAGCACCAGCACCACAAGGAGCAUCAUAUCUUAGCAGCGUAAAACAUGUCUACUACUUUGCCCUUACCUUGUGUGUAUUGACGCACCUUCCUGUUCUCCUCAUUGCUCUCGUCCCCGCCUCAGUCAUCGCAGAUAUUUUACCUAAGCUUUCUCCUUAUGCUAGUCUCAACUUCUUCGAUAUCUAUGUUCCAUACUUUCCCUUUCCACUCACUCAUCGGGUCUCAGAUUUAGCGAACGGUACUCACACGUUCCUCCAAUGGGAUUUGGCAACUGGUUCUACGGCCCUCUUGUUAUGGGCUAUUGUAUUAUAUCGGAAUGCUACAACUGAAAAAACCAUCGUAGAUCCUGACACGAAUCUCUCUUCACAUCAGAUCCGAGAAAUGCGCACGGGGGAGGGAAAUCGAGUCGGAGCCUUGAGCAUAGAAUUAAUGGCUAAAAUUGGUGUCUGGACGUUGAUAGCUGGUCCAAUUGGAGCAGCCACAGUGCUAAUAUGGGAGAGAGAUGAGAUCGUACGACAGAAGAUUAAGCAGGGUGUUUGAUUUGAGGUCGAUAGUGUUGAGGUCUUGGCUAUAUGGUGGGUCAUCUCUUGGUAAAAGUAGAUACGACGUGUAUAACACGAAAUGUGUGGGUAUCUUUGUAGAAAUUGAUCAAUGUGCUGUUGUUGUUAUCCUUGUUGUAAGCAAUAAAAAUUGCCUUGUUCUCUGGAAUUAUAUUUUGAAACA